AUCUUUACGUGAAUGGUGAAUUGGAGAAACACUUGCCGAAAGUGGCCUUCGCUCACCUCCCUACAACGCCCAAUUUCUCCACUCACAUCAUCAAUGCCAUUCGACAGCUGGAAGUGAUGGGUGUACGAUGCAUCAAUUCUUCGGAGUCUAUGCUGGUGUGCCGAAACAAGUUCCGCCAGCUCCAGCUCCUGGCUCCCCUGGGCUUCAAGAUGCCGGACAGCGCCACCUACGGCACAGACACGGCCACGGGGCUGACACAGCUCGUCCAGGCUCCGCUGGCCAUUGACUUCCCCGCCAUCCUCAAGUCUGCUGACGCUAACGGGGGCAAACGAGUGAUGCUAUUGCCCUCGGGGGACGUGGCGGAAGACAUACGAGGCAGUCUCCUUGACGACAGCGUCUACCUGCUACAGGAGUACAUCAAAGCCAGCCAUGGCGUGCACUUCAGAGCUCUGUGUGUCGGCGGGAAGGUAGAGGCAGCCUACAAAAUCCAGAACACUGUCAACACCCGAGUUCAGUCAAACUGCGUCGAGGGAGGCACAUUCUCCACAAUCGAGGGUGAGGAAGAGAUGAAAAGCAUGGCGCUGACGAUCACGAAAACAAUUGGCCUUGACAUCUCUGGAAUCGACUUUUUAAUCGAUAAAAAUGGAGAGAUAAUCUUUCUGGAAGCUAAUGCCUGUCCAAUGCUUUGUGUCGACGACGCUACAGUUGACGCGGUGAUUGAUUUCUUUCUGACUUGUUCAACAAAGUAAACAUCAGCGUCCUGAAGUUGAGAAUGAUCGCUGGCGUUAAAUUAUCGGCUAGCAUGCCCCGUUGAAGUGUAUUGCAAAAUUAAGGGGGAAAGGAGAGGGGGGGGGGGUACACCCUGAAAGCCUCGAUUCCAAUCAAUUGCAUGGAUUUUGAGAUGUAUGAAAAUUUGCCUUCUUCAGCCUCUCUUAAUGACAAAUUUUGGCUUUUUUUUUUCAAUUUUUGAAGGCCUAUAUCUUGGAAACCAGUCAUUCUAACAUGCUUUGAUUUAGAGAUAUCAAUAUUGUUGACAGCUCUGGGAAAAACAAAGUUUUCAUUAAUUUGAUCAUGCACUUUGUAUUUUAGAACACCUCAAACAUGGGUGAAAGUCGCAUUUGAAAAGGUUUCGUUCAAAAAUAAAACUUUGAAAUACCAUA